GAGAGAGAGAGAGGGAGAAAUGGUGAUACUUGUCUUGCUAAAAGACCUCUCACCAAACUUCCUACUUGUGUUACUGCCAUCCGCUGGUGCCCUGUCCUUGUCUCUUUCAGCAAGCAAGGAGAUGCAACACUGGAGGCUGUGCUGCCAUCUUUAACUUGCCUCCCCCAAAUCACUAAAAGAUGAGCUUGGAGUGUAGUCUCUGUAAAGCAUCCCACCUCUCUCACCGCUCUCCAUUUGCUAGUCAUUAAACAUCGCCAGCUGUUGCCUGAUUUAUUCAGUUCCCCUUUAGCUGAUACAGUUCAUGUUGGGAGAUCCACUACGGCGUUGUUGAGCUACUUGUACUGAGGUGAUCCUCCUCUCACCAUUUCCUGAGGCUUCUUAGAAGUCGCCUGCGAUCCUGAUAUGUUGGGAGUACAAUCUGUGAGUUGUCAUCUCUCUUUUUUAUCUCUUUUACGCAGAUAUAUAUAUGAGUGACAUGUAUUUGGUACGGGAAAUUGGCGGAGUAAAUACCGUCACAUUCCGCCCAUGGAUGCAUCAGGAAAGUUGAAAGGAAUGGAGCGUUUGCUUGUUCGAGACAAUGAAUAACACCCACAUGCAUUCGAGCUUUACAACUGCAGAUAACCUUCUCCUGUAUGUUGUUGCCUUGUGGGAGGGGAGGAAGACGACAUUUAAACCUGGCUCCUCUUGCUGUCUGCUCUCCAGUUCUCACUUGCAUUCGAUGUGGAAUGCAGGAAGCUGUGCUGAAUUCUUUGUUUCUUGCUUCAAAAUCAAAUUUUGAUGUUAGAAUUUGACGGGAUGCUCCAUUUCUAGAUUUUGGUCUGUCAAGGUGUCUUCUGGUCCACUGUUUUUUCUCCACUUUCUUGGGCUGGGUUGGGUUACCCUUCAGGAAGGUGGCAAUGGCUCCAAGGUCGGAUUUUUCUGACUGGUGGGUAAAGGAUUCGCGGAAAGGCACCCCGGUGGUGGUGACGAUGGAGAAUCCUAACUAUUCGGUGCUCCAGAUCGAUGGCCCCGAUGAUGAACAAGAAUCAUUCCGAUCCAUGGACAAGGACCGAGGGAAGAACGCCAAGCAGUUCACCUGGGUGCUGCUCCUCAAGGCUCACCGCGCCAUGGGUUGCGUCGCUUGGGUGGCGGCGGCACUCUGGACUUUGCUUGGCGUCAUCAAGAGAAGGCUGGUCUCGCGGCAAGGAGCGGAGGCGCAGAGCGACAAGCCUCGCAAAGCCAGGCUGCUGUUGAAGCUCUUGAGGAUGUUCUUGGCGUUGUCUCUAAUAGCUUUUGCCUUUGAGCUUGUUGCUUACAGAAAUGGAUGGCACUUCCCGAAGCCAAAUUUGCAUCUCCCUGAAAACUUGCACAUGCCAAAGAAGAUCGAGGUUCAAGGAUGGCUGCACUUGGCGUAUCUCUCGUGGCUCUCGUUCCGAGCUGACUACAUCGCCUACCCGAUUCAGAUACUGUCCUACAUCUGCAUAAUUCUGUUCAUCAUACAGUCUGCAGAUAGGAUGAUCUUGUGCCUGGGUUGCUUCUGGAUCAAGUUGAACAAGAUCAAACCAAGGAUAGAUGAGGAUCCAUUCAAGUCAGGUGAUGGUCCCGAGUACCAGUAUCCCAUGGUCCUCGUUCAGAUUCCUAUGUGCAAUGAGAGGGAGGUGUACGAGCAAUCGAUUUCUGCUGUCUGCCAAAUCGACUGGCCUAAAGACCGAUUGCUGGUUCAAGUGCUGGAUGAUUCCGAUGACGAAUCCAUCCAGUUCUUGAUCAGAGCAGAGGUUUCCAAGUGGAGUCAGCGAGGCGUAAACAUCGUCUAUCGGCACCGAAUGGUUAGGACUGGUUACAAAGCUGGGAAUCUGAAAUCAGCAAUGAGCUGCCACUAUGUCCGGAACUACGAGUUCGUCGCGAUAUUCGAUGCAGACUUCCAACCAGACCCUGAUUUCCUCAAGCUUACCAUCCCACAUUUUAAGGGAAAUCCUGAGCUCGGAUUAGUCCAGGCACGGUGGAGCUUCGUGAACAGGGAUGAGAACCUGUUGACUCGUCUCCAGUACAUCAACCUCUGCUUCCAUUUCGAGGUGGAGCAGCAGGUGAAUGGAGUCUUCUGCAACUUCUUCGGGUUUAAUGGGACUGCAGGCGUUUGGAGGAUCAAAGCAUUGGAGGAUUCCGGAGGUUGGCUCGAGAGGACAACCGUAGAGGACAUGGACAUUGCUGUUCGUGCCCACCUCAAGGGUUGGAAGUUCAUGUUCUUGAACGAUGUCAAGGUCCUGUGUGAAAUCCCAGAAUCCUACGAGGCUUACCGGAAGCAGCAGCACCGAUGGCAUUCCGGCCCGAUGCAGCUCUUUCGUCUAUGCCUUCCGGACAUCAUCGCUUCAAAGAUAUCUAUAUGGAAGAAAGCAAAUUUGAUCCUGUUGUUCUUCCUGCUGAGGAAGCUGAUCCUUCCAUUCUAUUCUUUCACAUUGUUCUGCGUAAUUCUCCCCUUCUCCAUGUUCGUCCCCGAGGCUGAGCUACCCGUUUGGGUGAUCUGCUACGUGCCUGUCCUCAUGUCCAUCCUCAAUAUCCUCCCUGCCCUGAGAUCUUUCCCUUUCAUUGUGCCUUACCUUCUCUUCGAGAACACAAUGUCCGUCACGAAGUUCAAUGCCAUGGUCUCGGGCCUGUGCCAGCUGGGGAGUUCGUAUGAGUGGGUGGUCACCAAGAAAACAGGCAGGUCAUCGGAGUCGGACUUGUUGGAGGCAGCGGAGAGGGAGUCGAAGAGCUUCGCUCUUCCGACGCUCUACAGAGGAGCAUCAGAGGGCGGACUCGGUGAGCUGAACAGACUGAAGGAACAAGAACAGAGAGCUGCCGCUACCCCUGCUGUCAAGAAUGCGAACAAGAUCUACAAGAAGGAGUUAGCUCUUGCGCUCCUCCUCCUGGUGGCCGCAGCUCGCAGCCUGCUGUCUGCUCAGGGAAUUCACUUCUACUUCCUUCUCUUCCAAGGUGUGUCGUUCCUUCUCGUGGGGCUCGAUCUCAUCGGGGAGCAGAUCAACUGAGAAGGUGAAGAAUGGUUGUGGUCAACCAUACAGAAGAGAAACACAAAGGCAUGCAAACUAUUAUACCAUAUGCAAGUAUCAGUCAAGAGAUUCCAAUCUAAAUACUAGUUCGUCAUCUUUGACACACUACACUGCAAAUUGCUGUCUCACAUUGGAGCAAUAAGACCAUAUAUAAGAUUCUUGUCAACCUCGUCAUCUCAGAUCUUUCUGCUACAUUCUUUUUUCUCAAUCAAUAUGUAACUUCUGUAAGGCCAUUUGUACUUGAUGACUGAAAAUUUUGGCUCCUGCAGUUCUUUUCAAAUGCUGACAGAGUUUGAAUGUUUUCAGAUCAUGUAAUUCUGAUGUGUAUAUUUGAGUUCAUUCAGUUUAUUCUACAGCCAAA